AUGACUAAUUUUCCAAAUCCUCAUGAAUAUAGUGCCAUACAUGGUGUAAUGAGACUACUAGCUUAUCAAAAUAAUUAUCCUGCUGAUGGAACUGGAAGUCAUUUACUAUCAGCUCAAGCAAGAAAUUUAUUAGGAUCACAAAUACCUCCAAUAAUGGUUGAUUAUACUCAAUCAACUCAAUAUAAUAUAUUUGGAGAUUAUCCAACUUCUGCAGAUAUAGCUCCAUCAGCAUUAUUUACUGCAUUAUUUACAAUUGUAACUAUAGCUCAUAUUAGUAUUUUUUCAAUAAAUUGUUAUAGAGGUCAUUAUUUUUGGCCACAAAUUGGAUUUAUAUUUUAUAAUAUUUGUAGAAUUUUAGGAUUUGGUUUAAGAAUUCAAUGGUCAAAAGAUUUAACACAAACUGGAAUUGGUAUAACAAGUGAAGUAUUUUUAAUUCUACCGACAGUUUUAAUUGCAAGUUUUAAUUUAAUUUUAGCUCAAAGAAUUUUUACUUGGAGACAUCCUGUUGGUGGUUCAAGAAGAUUAUUUUGGUAUCCAAUGUUAACUUUAUAUGCUAUUGUUGCAGGUGUUGUUGCUAUGACAAUUGUUGCUUCUGCGGGUAUUAAUUUAUAUUUAUUAGGCGAACCUAAUUAUUCAAGAUAUAAAAAAGUUGUUCAAGCAAGUUCAAUUUUAAUUAUAUUAUAUUCAUUAACUUCAAUUGCAUUAAUUGGUUUAGCAUUUUUUUUUAAACCAACUAGAAAAGAUGAAAAUUUAUAUACUUAUCAACCAUGGUGGAUUAAAUCUUUUUCACCAUUUUAUUUUGUUAAAAAGGGAGAAUCUCAAGUAGCCGCUAUAUCAUUUAUGAAAAGAAAUCAUAAUCAUAGACAUGCAAUUAGAGUUAUAGCAGCAACUCAUCAUCAUUAUAAAAUGGUUAAAGGGUUAAGUAAUGAAAGAGGAGAUUUAACACAUAAUGUUUCAAUGAUGAUUAUUUUUAUUACUACAAUGAUUAUUUUAACUUCAUCAAUUUUAAGAUCAGUAGUUUGUUUCCAAGCAAGAAUGAAAUAUGAUAGAGCACCAAUUGGAUCACCUGCAAUGAUGUAUGUUUGGUGGGGAGCUUUAGAAAUUAUUGUUAAUAUGUUAUAUUUAAUUGGUAGAAUAGAUUUAAGAUUCUAUAGACCAGAUAGAUUACCAAAAGACGUGAGACAAAUAGUAACAGCUGAUCAAUCAUUAUAUCCAUCAGAAAUUGAAAGUGUUGAUGAAGAAAAAAUAGAUAAAUAUGGACAUCGUUUGUCAUAUGAUGAUACUUUGAAAGGAGAAGAAUAUGAAGACAACGAUGAUGAUGAUGUUGAUUUUUAUUUUGAUGGAAAUAAUAAUGGGGGAACUAGUUAUGAUGAAGAUGAUGAUAAUGAUCAUGAAGGUUUUGAUUUUGAAAGCCCAGAUAAAAAGAAAAAUAAUUCAAAAAUACCUCCAUAUCCAUAUUAUGAAAAACGUGAUGACGAAUCGGAAUUUCAUUUCUAA